UGUUAUUGCAUGAAAAAGACUACAACUCCCACAACACUUUGCGGCACGGGUGACGUGGCCAGCGUUUCUCAACAGACCGGGGCGAUUUGAACUUCAUUUCGAUUACGUAAUUUUACACGAUGUCCGGGAAAAUCAAAAGCAGGAAUGCUGCAAAUGCCGACUCAAUAGCGGGCAGUGUGUCCUGCGAUGAGCGCAUCUUACGGGACUGCCAUCAAAUGUACAUUGAUACUGACAGCGGACUCAUUGCAAUCGCUCAGUCGGUUGGAGUGACCCUGCUUCCUCCCCGUAAAAAGAUUAACGUGAUGUUGAUGGGCAAUCACUCAGCUGGCAAGAGCAGCUUUAUCAACUGGUAUGUAGAGGAGCAUAUCCAAAGGACAGGGGUUGCUAUAGAGACACAGGGAUUCAGCUUUGUUACAAGUGGGCGAAAGAGAGAAUCGCUCACGGGAAAUGCAACGCUCCAUCUCUACCCUCACUUCAAACCACUACAGGAAUUUAAAGGAGUUUCAGAGUAUCUUAGCACCGAGAUUUGUACUUCUCGACAGAAACGUUUCAGCUUGGUGACUUUUGUUGAUACUCCUGGACUGGUGGAUGGCGAUAUGAAGUACCCAUUCGAUGUAGACCAAGCUAUCCUGUGGCUCGGUGAGCUGUGUGACCUGAUCCUGGUCUUUUUUGACCCGAUGGGACAGGCUUUAUGCAAGCGCACACUCAACAUUGUAGAGAAUCUGAAUGAGCAGCAAGGCGACCGUCUUCGUUUUUAUCUUAGCAAAGCCGAUGAGGCUGGUGGAGAGGCUGAUCGACAGAGAGUUAUGAUGCAGAUUGUACAGGAGCUUUGCAAGCGUCCGGGACUCAACAAGUGUGGUUUUGACAUGCCGACCAUCUAUGUGCCAAACCCAAAUAAGCCCAGCCGGUGUGUCAAUCAGAUUGAGGAGGUGUGUCGCACUAUAGAGAAGACCAUUAACCAGACAGUGCAAAACACACUUAACUCACUAGAAAAGGACUGUAAACGUAUUACUGAGGCCAUCACAGACACGCUUUAUAAUGACAGGCAAUGUGGUGUAGAAAACCGCCGGGCACGUUUUAAGGGCUGUGUAUGGGGGAUGCUUGGUUUCACUGUGCCCCUGCUACUGCUUAUUGUCCUGGUGCUUGGCACCCUCUCCAGAGAAAUGCUGGAGCUCAUGCUGGGUGAUAACGGCACAGAGGCUCUCUCUUUAUAUGUGGCUCCUGCAGUGAAAGUGUUUGAGUCGCUCUCAGCGCAAGUUCAGUUGUACAGCUGUAUUGCACUGGUGCUGUUGUCCUUCAUCUUCCUUAUCCUUGCCCGCUUCUCUUUCAGGACUAAACCUACACUCUCCGGCAAACAAAAGAGACUGCUUCAAGAAAAACUGGAAUAUGUCCAGGAAGUUGUCAAGACCAAAAAGAAAAAUCUCUACGAGGAAUACCUACGCCAGAGUGUGGGUGAUCAGGACAUGAACUGAGACAAAAGAAGACUUCAGACAUGUGAUAGAAGGAACAAUACAAGAUCCAGAAGUACACCACUGAACUGCCUUUAACCUUUCCUUUACUGUAGACACACCUAAGAUAUCAUAUGUGCACUUAGUUACAAGCAACAGCGUGUACCUCCUAGCUCUUAGAAGUCUUUUAGCACUAAACUAUGGAACUGUGGACCAAUACUGUUUUAUUCUUAGUCUUGUCAAUGCAAUAUAAUUAAUUGUGCUGUACAGGUAAAUUGAAGGAGCAGAUUAUGACAUCAGACCUAAUCCUCUGCAUUGUCCUCUUGUUGGGCACAAGCAGUUUUGAGUUAUCCAAACAUUUUUCUACUUAGUUUACCACACAAUAUGGAGCAUUUGAGGUACUACCACAAUGAUUGAGGAGCGAGGAUCUUUUUGUACUUGACAUGACUGAUGACUCAACGCUUUGUAUUUAAAGGAGUUCGAAAUUACAAUUCUGUCUACCAUGGUUCCGUACGUUUUUUGUCAAGUUAUAAUAAAAUAUAAAUGUA